AUGCACUCUCUUAUAACCCCCUUAAUUGCUGUCCUCAUUAUACACCGCAUUCUUCUGAUCAUCCAGCGCAUCUAUUUCCACCCUCUCUCUUCGUUCCCGGGCCCAAAAUUGGCAGCUGCAACAUCUCUUUACGAAACGUGGCAUGCCCUCUUUUCACGCUCACCACUGUCAUGGCCUGAACACCAGCGAUUUGUCCUGCACCCCAAAUAUGGCCCUGUUGUGCGCAUCCGGCCAAAUGCCUUGCACAUAUCUGAUCCCGACGCCUUUCGAGAUGUUCACAAGGUCGGCAGCAAGUUUACAAAAGCAAAAUACUUUUACGUUCCCUUCCGCCUCUCCAAUGCGCUUUUUGGUUCGACGGACCCGGAUUUCCACCGAAAAAGACGUUCGCUCAUUGCACCCAUGUUUGCCAAGGGUGAGGUGAUCAAGCUCUACGAGGGCUUGGUAAAAGGCAAGCGGGAGAUGAUGGUGGGGAACAUCAGGUCGUUCCUGGGAAGGGGUUCCAGUGUGGUGAACAUGAAGAAUGCACUGGCUGGGCUAGUCGUUGAUGUCGCGGCAGAGGCCAUCUGUCAGACAUCCUACGGGUAUGUUUGUUUGAUCUUGGUUGUUCAAAAGCCUGCCUAUGCUUACCGUGCACCAGCUUGUUGGAAACUGACACGCUCGAGGCACACCCCCUGA